CUUAAAAUUAUUAUCAAAAUUAUUACCAAAAUGGACCCAGAAAGCGACUGCAACAUCUGUCUCGAACGUAUCACAGAAGUAUACACUCUAAACUGCGGACACAUCUUCCACAAAGACUGCAUCACCAUCAUAAAAGACUCCAACCAACCCAAAUGUCCCACAUGAAGAGCCCCUAUUUCAAAGGACUUCCCGCUUAAAGUCUUCGUAAAAAUGGAACUUGAAAACGAAGAUGUAAGACUUGAGAAGUACAAAAAACUGUGCAGGAAGAAAGAUGAGGAAUUACAGAAGGAAAAAGAGGAAAAUGAACAGCUUGGAGACCAGAAUGAGAAGAUUGUUAAGGAGUUAGGAAAGAUUACAAGCGAGCAUAAUGAAAUUGUCGAGAAAAUGGAAGACUUUGAGAGAGAUAAUUAGCUUUCUAUGUGCUAAAAUAAAGGUUCUAAAUGAAUCGCUCUUGCAAGCGGAGUUGGAAAAGAACUCCAUGGCUAAGAAAUGAGACUGUCUCAAGAAAAGAGAUGCUAAAUAUAAACAAAUUAUCAGUGAAAAAAAUAAGAUUAUCAGUAACCUUGAAAGUCUCAGACGGAAGGAAGAACGAGUCAAGAAUUUGGAAAGACUCAUGCAAGAGAAUAAGCCAAAACAAAAAAGAAAGGAAUCCCAUGUGCCCACAACAAGUGAGGAGAGAGAACUCAUGUCAAAAUUUGAGAAAAAGCGAGCUCCUUUAAUCACAACUAGUAAUCUUCAAUUCAAAGGUUUGAACAAGACUAAGACAAAAAGCAACGGCACAAUUUCCUUUAAAAAUUGCUUCACAAAGCAACAAUUUAACAUCAAGAAGCCGGCUCCUCCUCAGAAGACAAAGGCAGCACUGAAGACUGGGAAAUUUACAGAUUCGGUAGACUCAGACAUCGACUUUGACGUCCUUGAAGAACUUCUCUCAGACUAAAUUAUUACUAUUUUCAAUAACUUUGCACAAU